AUGGAACAUAACUUUUUACCUUCGGAUUUGCCGACCCAAGUACCUAGCUUGGCUGCCGCUAUUGCGAUGAGCUCAUGUGCUUAUGCUUAUAGCAUAUUCAGUGAUCAUCCGAUGAUGGAAAAACCCCCUAUGCUCUCUAUACCUAGCAGUACAACACGCACAGAAGGUGAAGUACCAAACCAAAAUUCUUACCUCAUCACUACUGCCCCUUCCAAUGGCAAUAUUACUCGUGUGACUCAAGGUUCCAAUAGCGGUGGUCCAUCAGAUAGAGAAGACAGUAAAAAAGCGAAAAUAUUUCCCUGCGAAGUUUGCGGGAAAAAAUUUUCGCAGAAAGGAAAUUUGAAGAAUCACAUGUUCUGUCACUCAAAAAUCAAGCCAUUUAAUUGCGAAGUUUGUGGGAAAGGUUUUACCCAGAAAUCAACAAUGGAUUAUCAUCGAAGUAUUCAUCAAGGAUUGAAACCUUUCAGUUGUGAAAUGUGUGGAAAAAGCUUCACUCAGAAAGGUAAUCUUAAAACCCACCUUAUUUCUCAUUCUGGUACAAAACCAUAUUCUUGCGAAAUUUGUGGUCGAGGUUUCGCUCAAAGAGGGAACAUGAAAACCCAUUUAAGAACUCAUUAUGGUGAAAAACCUUUUGAAUGUGAAGUUUGUGGGAAGCGUUUCACGUUGAAAGGUAAUCUGAAUACACACAUAUUAUCUCAUAAAGGUAUAAAGCCUUUUUCAUGUGAGAUUUGUGGGAAGACUUUUGCACAAAAAUUGAGUAUGGAAUAUCAUAUGAAUAGUCACACGGGGAAUAAGCCAUAUAAAUGUGCUAUAUGUGGGAAAUGUUUUACUCAGAAAGGAAACAUGAAAACUCACAUGCGAUCACACAGUGGAGAAAAACACCAUGCGUGCCAAAUAUGUGGUAAAUGUUUCACCCAGAAAGGUAACAUGAAGACCCACAUGAAGUUGCAUUGCCGUCCGCCUGAUGUUGAUAAGCCUUAUCAAUGUGGUAUAUGUUGUAAAUCCUUUGUUACACGAUCUAGUUUAGAGUGUCACAUGGCAAAUCAUGUGAAUAGAGGAAUUACUGGUCCUAACAAAGCUGCAAUUGGUACUACUACGACAAUAUCUGUUAAUAGACGCGGCAGGCCACCGAACGAUCUUUCUAUUAAGCAGUUGAACGAACACUUAGCUAAGCAGGCAAAUGAUCUAUCAAUGAGACAGAUGAAUGAAACAAUAUAUAAACAAGAGAAUGACAUUGGGUCUAAGCAAAUAAACGAUCUUUCAGUUAGACAAAUCAGUGAACAAAUUUGUAAAACUGAGAACCCUGUAUCCUUAAGGACUAUUAAUGAUCAUUUAAUAAAAGCAGGAAAUUCAACCUUCAGCAAGCCAAAUGAUCAUUUUAAGCAAGGUAAUGAAUUAUUAGGUAGAACUUUAAAUGACCAUUUUAGUAGAUCUGGAAAUGAAGCUUUGUAUCGUUCUUUACAUGAGCACAUGGGAAGACCUGGGCAUGAUUUCUUAAGAAAUUCUCUAAAUGGUCAUUUGGGAAGACUUGGCAAUGAACAUUUAGAAAGAUCUUUAAGUGGUCAGUUGGGAAGAUUGAGUAACAAUUAUUUGAGUAGUCCUACCAGUGAAGCUAUGUCACGUUUGAAUAAUGAACAAAUUUUAAAGCAAAAUGAAUACAUGAGACGGCAUGUAAAUGAGCAAAUGUUGAGGCCUAAUGCGGAUCACUUGAAUAGACUUAGUAAUGAGCAUCUUGGUCGUCCAAAUAAUGAACAUAUGAUAAGAUCUGUAGAACAUCUUGGUAGACCUAGUAAUGAUCAUAUGGGAAGACCUACAAAUGAGCAUAUAAGUCGACCUAAUCAUGAGCAUAUGAAUAGAACCAACAGUGAACAUUUAGUUCGGCAAAAUAAUGAACAUAUUGCAAGACAAAAUAGCGACCAUCUCGGGAGACAAAAUAAUGAUCAUUUAGGGCGGCAAAGUGCUGAUCAUUUAGGAAGACAGAGUGCUGAUCAUUUAAGAAGACAAAGUGCUGAUCAUGUGAUGAAUAGACAUGAACACCUGGCAAGGCACAACAGUGAACAUUUAGGUAGGCCUUCAAACGAACAGAUGACUCGACAGAAUAAUGAGCACAUGAGUAGAACAUCUCUUAUUGAAGAUCAUCUGGGAAGACAAGGAGAACAUCUAGGAAGACAAAAUAAUGAUCAUUUAGGUCAAACAGGAAAUGAUCAUCUUGGCAGCUUGAGUAGCGAUCAUAUAGUAAACGACAUGAGCAGGCAAAAUGGUGAAUUACUAAGUCGAUCAAAUGAGCACCUUGUCCAAUCUAAUGAUCAUUUAGGAAGAUCUAAUGGUGAACAUUUGUCAAAUAGGUCAAGCAUCGAUCAUAUGGGUAGGCCUAAUCAUGAACAUUUAAAUAAGACUCCAAAUGAACUAAUGGUUAGCCCUAAUCACGAUCAUUUCAACAGCACGAGAAACGAACAUUUUGAUCAAGUCAGUAGUGAUCAUAUAGAUACAAGUACAACAGAGCAUAUGGCAAGUGUAACGAAAGAUCACUUUCCUAGACCAAGUCCUGAUCAUCACAAUAGAAAUGAACUACUUAAUAGCCCCCAUAACGAGCAUUUAGUACGACCGAGUAGUGCACAUCUUGUCAUGACGGACAAUGAACAUGCUUGUAGCAACGGUAGUGAUCACUUAGAUAGGCCAUCAAGGAAUGCAUCUGUUGAUACCUCAGUGAAUGAAAACAUGUCUGAAAAUGAAAAUGAACUCAUGAGGAACCAAGAAAAUGAACUACCUGUGCAACUAUCUCAAAAUUGAGCUGUAUAAUAUUAGAUUUAUUAAUUCACGCUUUUCGUAUCUCAUUGCCUGAAAUUUAAAUUAGAAAUCUUCCAUCUGAGAUAGGUUAACGUCUUUUAUCCUGUAUGUGUUUGUGUAAGUCUUCUGCUAACAAAAGCUGAAUUUAAACUCUCAACUCAACAGAUGCAAAUACGGAAAUCAUUGCCACUACACAUAACACCAAGAGCCACAGGGACUAAUAGAACUUGUAGUUAACAGCCAUUUAACUAAAAUCCUGUUUUGUCAUUCAGAUACAAUUUUUUAUACAGAGCUUAUCACACUAGAUAAUGAUAUGCAAUAAUUCAUAAGCAACAUACAUUAUUUUAUUUACUUCUAUUUUAAAAUAAUGUAUUGCAUAGUUCCAUGAUUAUUCAUAAAUACCAACAAGCCGAAUAUACAUUUGUAG